UUAAGUUCUGGUCAAGUGCUCACCAUCUGCAGAAUAAGGACCAGAACUUUACAGAGGUAAACUGUGUCAGUUCUUUUACUAUUACAGCAGUUCAUCGUGGCCCUGUAGUUCGCCUCCUUCACCAAAGCUCUGUCAGGGACCUACAUGAAGAGUGCCAUCACUCAGAGAGACACUUUGACCUGUCCAGCUCUCUCAUCGGACUUAUAGACGGCAGCUUUGAGAUGGGUUUCAACAAUAACAUUGAGUUGCUUGAGAAUUCAUGUAGUAAAAACCAGAUACAGACUACAGUAUGAUCCAUUUUUUUUGUGGUUCAAUCAGAGUCUGCUCUCAAUACUGUCCAGUUUUAUAGUUGUUCCUAUUAAUUGAUUGACUGGCGUUUGUCCAUGACUCUACUGUCAAACCCCUAACAUUGUUGUAUUUGAUGCUAUGUUGUUGCAGCCUAGUAUCCAAACUGAUAUGUCAUUUUUAGUUUAAAAAAUAACAGUGUUUAUAAUUUGCUAUUCCUGACUACUGCAGUGUUGUGGUUUCUUGCAGGUAACCUGCUGUUCCUGGCUGUGGUCAGCCAUUUUGGGGCGAAGCUGCACCGGCCCAGGUUCAUUGCUAAGGGCUGUUUCCUCAUGGCUGUAGGAUCCUCCCUCACAGGCCUGCCGCACUUCUUCAUGGGACGGGAGAAAAUCAAGUGAGUUUGACAAACUCCAGAAGAAGAACUCACAGAUGAAGAGCGUCAUCGAAAACCUGAGGAAGCAAAACAUGGCUUUAAACCAACAGGAUGACCAGGACAAGUUUUCAAGUUUUGGCUAUCAGGAGAGCUACCCAAUCUCAGAGGGCCAUCGUGGCUUCAUCAGUGAUGCCAGACUUCUGCAGAUGCAGAGAGCUGAGAGAGAGGCCAUGGAAGCAAAGCAAAGAAAGAUAAGUGCUAUCCAUGAGAAUUAUGUCCGGACUGCUCUCAUCGGGGUUGGCAGCACCUUCGCGCACCACUUCGUCCCCUCUAUUCAGUGCAUUCCGCGGCCGAAAGCUCCACCGAGGCCUUUGCCACGAAGGCUUGAGCACAUAGCUCUGGCCCCACUGAAGAACGUGGUGGGGGUGGACGGAGCCCAAGUUCGACCCGGAACUCACUCUCUGGAGUCCAUCCAGGUAAAUAAGUCAUUCAGCAGCAGUAGCGUGUGGCCUGUUCCCAUCCCUCCCACUGGAGCUCCCUCCAAGAGGGGCAAGAAGAAGAAGGGCAGGCGGGGAGUCAAAGCCCUGAAAGUCCAGUCGGAUCAGGGCUGUGCUGACAACAACGGACCCAUUGACCUGAUGGAGGAGGUGAGGGACAGGAAGGUGGAACAUGAGGUGAAGGCCAUGGGCAGGAGAAGUUUGGGCUCAGCCAUGUCCACGGGGGAAAUAGCAACCAGCUCUCUGGGAAGCCUGAGCUCAGUGGAUAUGAACACCCCUGCGGAGCUCCGUGACUACUUGGAUGUCGGGACCCCGGACCCCUGCUCCCCCUCCUACCAAGCCCAGGAGCAAACAGCCUCGGCCUAUAAGGUUCCUUAGCCUGCCAAAGGCUGCCACCGGCUCAGGGAGAAGAAGAUCGAGGGCUUGACCUUUCUCCGUGUGAUGGCUCAGAACCACAUGGACAUACUGAUGCCUAAACUCCAUGAUAUCUGUCUUGCCAUUAUAAAUGAG